AUGGCUCAACCGGAUCCUAGCCAGGGCGUCCCUCAGGACCUUAUGCCCCACGUCCAUCUGAUCUCUUCAUUUCGAUACCCUGUGAUGCCUCGACUUGACCUAAAUGAGGUUGCUAAAUGGCUUAUGGCUGCACCACAAGUCGCGAGAGACCGGGCACCCUUUUUCUGGACAUAUCUCGAUAAACCUACAGACGGCACGAUACUCUUGACCUGGCAGCCCCUUCAGCGGUUGGGAACGAACUUCGCAACAGAUGGUUAUGUCUGGGCGCCUCCAGAACAGGUCUACAAGCAUGAUCUGGGCAAUGGACUGAUGCUUGAGAUUUACUAUCAGAAAGCUGGUUACAUUCCCGGCGAGCAGUAUGCUCUCCACGCCCGUCGACGAUGCCGACUAGUCCCUAUCCCUGGCCAUCCUAAUCCUCCUCAACCAGACGUCGGCCUCUUCAUUGUGCAUUACGGACCCGCCGAACCGAAUGACAGAGUUCCUGUCUCCAUGAUUCCCUUUGACGAAAGAGUCAACAGCAUCAUGCAGCAGCGCCACUUUUUGCAGCGCGCUGGCCAGAUUCGUCGCAAGGAAUUCAUGUUAUCCGAUCGAGUCAACUGGCCUACCCUGCCUGAUCUCACCCGUCAGCCAGUGCCUCCCCAGAUGGCUCCUCGGGGCGUUCCUCAACAGAUGGCAUAUCCCACACAACCCGCACCGGGUCCUCCUGCUAAACGAGCAAGGCACGCUGCGGGCCAGAGUGGUCAACCCCCCGUACCAGGAAUGCCUCAGCUAGACGCUGCCUUCGACGAUGAAGAGGAUGUUUCGCGGGGAGAUAUGUUUGACCAUCUUACUCCAAGAGAGAUUUCUAUGAGCCGAUACCAGCAGAACCACGAGUGGAUGGAAGAGAUCCUCUCGUCUCCUUAUAGGAUAAGCCAGAUCACCCCUGCCGAUUUAAACCUCGGUUUCAAGGGUGAAUUGGCAUACUUGACCGAAGGCAUCUUUCCCGCGCAAGGAGUUGACGCCUCCAAUUCCGUGCCUGAGAAGCCGUAUAUCGGGCGGCUGGAUCCCGAAAAGGCCGAUGAAUUUCGCAAGCGAGUCCAUAAUCACAUUGAGUCAACCAAGGCCGAGAUAGAGAAAAUGCAGGCCGACCAUGCCGCAGCUCUUGCAAAGUUCAAGGAAAAUUCCAUCCUCAGCACAAAGGAGAAGGAGCUCCGAAAUACUGUCGAGGGUACAGGCACUGAGAUUUGGCGAAUUGAGGGCAAGGUUGACCCCCACGACGAGGAUGCUGUUGCUCGUCCCGUCAGUUCGAAAACCGUUGAACAGAUAGUGUCUGAAGUCGAAGCUGCUAUGGGUAAGAAGGUUGAUACCAAGCCGACGGUAUCUCGUGUUCAAGAUGGAGGUUAUCAGCCACCAGCACCAGAACCCGUUCAGGCUGAUGCUUCGCAACUAUCUCGUCAGCCUUCGCAAUCUGGCUCACAGAACAGCGGCAUCAUGAUUGGCGAAUCUGAUAUCGAUAUGGGUGGCACUGCUGCUGGAUUACUGGAUCAGAUGCAUACUGGCAUUUCCAACACUUCGACACCUCUGAACAACUUCGGAACUCCUCAACCUCCAUUGUCAACGGCUCAGUCUGGGGCCGGAACACCUUCUAAUGCCACCGCAGUUGGUUCUGGCGGUGACGUGACGAUGGGCGGAACUCAGGGACCAAAGGAUCACACAACAGCGCCUGAUCAAGGAACUGGCAGUGGGGAUUGGGUUGUUGUGCCCAAAGAUGGCACUGUGAACGAAGCGAAUCAGGGCCCUGGCUCGGGUGCCGUUUCGGUCAACGCAAACACACCCACUACUGCAGGAAUUGAUACCGCCAAGUCAGUGGCUAAAACUGCUUCUGCUGGUGCCACCCCAGCAGCUGGAACACCCGGCGGUUCUGUCUCCUUUGACCAAAACGACUUCAGCUCCCUUGGUGACCUUGACACAGCAGGUGAUGCCCUUAACUUUGACGGCCCUACGUUAGACGGUGCAGCAGGCGAGCUGGGUGAGGGUCUAGAUCUCAGCAUGGACAUGGACGACUCGGCAUUUGGAGACGCUUUUCAUGGCGUCGAAACCUCUGGAACUCCCCAGGGUCAGGAUAUGUAG